GUGCACGCUAAUCGCCAUACUGGGCGAACGUGACCGAAGACAGAGCGAAAAUGAGUACUAGAGUGUGUGUCAGAUCGAAGCUAUUUUGCUCAUAACAUUGGUUUUAUUUUGACAGUGUGAUCAGCGAAUGGGCCGCGCGAUGUCCGGUACGCUGGCCAAGCCCUGAGGGAAACGGAAUAGUGUCGAUCCGUGCGUGUGGUCGCGUAAGAUCAGAAAUAUCGCGGCUCGGGUUUCCCCAACGACCCUCGAGUUUGUCGCGUUGCAUGUGUCAUUCGCGAGCUGAUAGAAGGUAUACCGCCAGCCCGUUGCCACUGGCCUGUUCUUUCCCGUACACGUUCACGUGCGCGUCGCUGGUUGUGCGUUUUUACGGUGAAACAGAUGCGACAUUGAGACAAACAUCCGGAAUUAUAUCACCGAUGAGUUUGAUCGCGUUGCGUUUUGUUUGGUGCUGUCCCUUAAACUAAUCGCGUGUGUGAUGCCCGGGAGUCGCUCCAGCACGGACCCAGAGCACAAGUCACCGCGGGAAAGUGGUGAAGAUUCGGAAGAUGAGAGUGAAAUCCUGGAGGAGAGCCCCUGCGGGCGGUGGCUCAAACGCCGGGAAGAGGUAUAUGUAGGUUCCAAGUCUACGUUAGCCGAAGGCUCUACCUUCGGAGCAGCCAGAGGCAGUGAAAACGAAGUUACUGAAAUGGAGGUAGAACAACGCGAUGUACCAGGAAUCGACUGUGCUUAUUUGGCGAUGGAUACAGAGGAAGGAGUCGAAGUUGUUUGGAAUGAGGUGCAAUUUUCUGAAAGAAAAAACUUUAAAGCGCAAGAAGAAAAGAUACAACUUGUAUUUGAAAAUCUUACACAGUUGGAACAUCCUAAUAUUGUUAAAUUUCAUAGGUAUUGGACAGACACCCAUAAUGAUAAACCUCGGGUCAUAUUUAUAACUGAAUAUAUGUCUUCUGGAUCUUUGAAACAGUUCCUAAAAAGAACAAAACGUAAUGUGAAAAAAUUACCUUUGCAAGCAUGGAAACGCUGGUGUACUCAAAUACUUUCUGCAUUGAGUUAUUUACAUUCUUGUUCACCACCUAUUAUUCAUGGAAAUCUUACUUGUGACACUAUAUUUAUUCAACAUAACGGGCUUGUUAAAAUUGGUUCAGUGGCACCUGAUGCAAUUCAUCACCAUGUGAAAACGUGCAGGGCAAACAUGAAGAACAUGCACUUUGUUGCGCCUGAAUAUGGAAACUCUGUCACUCCUGCUAUUGACAUUUACUCGUUUGGGAUGUGCGCUCUGGAGAUGGCUGCGCUGGAAAUUCAGGGUAACGGUGACACAGGCACGAUCGUCACCGACGACAACGUCCGGAAAACCAUAGAGUCGUUGGACGACGUCCAACAGAAAGAUUUCAUUCGAAAGUGUCUCCAGGUGGACCCGCUCAGUAGACCAAGCGCCAGGGAGCUCCUCUUUCACCCUGUGUUGUUCGAAGUGCAUUCGUUGAAACUGCUCGCCGCUCACGCUCUGGUCAACUCGGCCACCAACAUUUCAGAGACGAUAACGGACGAAGUUCUGCAAAGGCUCUACGGACCUGAUACGGUAGUGGCGGAAAUUAAAUAUCAAGGUCGGCCACCGCAGCAAAUUCGACUGAGCGAUAUUCCGGUUACAGAGAAGUUGGAGAAGUUCGUGGAGGAUGUAAAAUAUGGUAUAUACCCGUUGACAGCGUUUAUGGCGAAAUUACCACCACCUGUACGACCUCGGGCGAUAUCGCCAGAAGUCACCGAAUCGGUGAAAUCCGUCACACCGGAACCGGUGGACGUGGAAUCUCGAAGAGUAGUUAAUAUGAUGUGUAACGUUAAACCUAGAGAAGAAAGUUGUGAAUUACUUAUGACAAUAUUAUUGCGAAUGGACGACAAGAUGAAUAGGCAAUUGACGUGUCCUGUGACUCAGUUAGAUACUUCGAUGCUUCUCGCGCAGGAGCUUGUACAUUUUGGAUUUAUUAACGAGAACGACCGUGAUAAAAUAGCAAAUUUAAUCGAAGAGGCAUUAAGGAGUUGUUUUAACAAGCAAAUGAUGAAACCAGGGAUGCUAUCGUUAACGAAUCUUCCGACGCAAACUACAUUACUGCUGCCUGGUCCGGAAUGCUUGCAACACUUUGACAACUCUGUGUACAAUGCUGCAUCAACAUCUCAUAGUGAUAGUGUAAUAACUAACCCGCUGCCAAAAACCUCAGGUCUCCCCGUGUCGAGUAACACGAGCAAAAGUCACGACGACAUGGAACCACCGUCGAAUGCCGAGAGCGGUAGUUAACUAUCCAGGAUAUCUGGUAACUCAGUUCACUGUGCCACUUUGCACGCUCUAUGUAUAGACUGGCUAUGUAUUUUUAUAUUUAAGUAAACAGGAAGAAAGAAUGAAAUUAAAUGAUUGAAAGCGAACGAAAAAAAGAAAAAAAAGAAAAAAAAAACAAAAAAACAAAGGAAAAAAGGGUGCCGUGGCUGAAGCUCUAGGCUGAGAAAGAAAGAAAAAAAAAAAAGAAACGCUAACGCGGUUAGAUCCGAAUGUAUUUUCUUUACAAACGUGUAUGUUUCGUAUGUUCGAAAGGAAACAAAGAAAGCGUAAUUUAAUCAAAUGGUCGGUGUUCUUUUUUUUUUUUUGUUUUUCUUUUUGUUUUUAAUUAAAUCGUAAGAUAGCUCCGAAAAAGAAAUGUAGGAUGUACUGAGUAAAUUUUAAUCGGAUGAAAAAGUCAAGGACGCGCUAUACGACUAUUUCGAUUGACUGUACAGCUCUUUAAAAUGAAAAAAAAAAGGACGCGAAUAUGUAACGAGUACAGAACUGUAACUAGUUGUCACGAGUAAUCAUAGUCACCUGUAACUAGGCUGAAAUAAUAAAGGGCAUUUUACUAGCGAAUGUUUGAAUUCGUCGACAAACUGGAAACGAAUUAUUUGAAGUAAUAAAGCGAGGUAAAAAAAAAAAAAAAAAUGUUACUUUUCAUCGUGAAGUGACCAAGAUGUAUCAUAGAGUCUUAUUUUAUAUAUACAAGUUGACACGGAUUAACUGGAAAAAGAAAAGGAGAGGGGAGGAAACGAUAUAAUUAUUAUAAACAAAUGGAAAGACAACCUGAUCGUACAGCAACGCAGAGAUGAUGAAAAUAAUAAUAGUUAUAAUAAUAAAAAAAUGGAUUACGAGCACUGCACACUCCGUUUUCGCUUCAACGUUCGAUAUAUGUAUAUUGCGAGAUGUCCCGAUUUAUGCGAAUUGUCUUUUUUUUUCGCUCGUCAGAAUGAAAUAAA